ACUUCUCAGGAAAAUACUCAGGAGAAAGAAAGCAUGUAUUCCAAUUCUUCCACUUCUUCCAAUUCCCGCACACCCCACGACUCAACACCCUCCUCCGGAACCAUUACCCCCGCGCCCCUCACCUCAUCCUGGACCGCCGCGCUCCCCGCAACAGUCAACGGCCUCCUGCGGCGUUUCUCCUCGGAGCCCCAAAACCAACAUCAAAAUCAAAAAUCCCACACGCCGUCCCAUUCCCCAACUUUCUCCCCUACACCGCCCACAAAAAUGCGCAGCGAUGGUGGGGAUGGAAGUGGAAGUGGAGAGGGGUGGCAGGGCGUAUAUACGCCUCCGUAUCGGACAGCUAGUCCGUUUCAGCCGCCCCCGCUGUAUCCUGUUACUUUGAAAGGCUGGCAUGAGGGGACGGCUUCGAGCGCGCGGUUGUUGAGCCGCGGGCUCGCCGAGGAGAUCAGAUUGCUUGUCCCGCCGCGGUUGCAGCUGUGCGAGGAAUGGAAUCUGGUGUAUAGUCUUGAAGAGGACGGGGUUAGUUUGGGGACUCUAUAUAAGAAGUGUGAUGAGUUGCGCGGUUUGAGGAAUGGGUUUGUGUUGGUUGUUAGGGAUGGUGAGGGAGGGGUAUCUAUUUGGUGCGUAUUUGACGGAACCACCACAUCCAGCACCACAUUACUUCGGUACCGGCGAAUGUUUCCUCUGGCGCUCUGCCACCCUCUCCUCCACCACGUUGCCCAACCAUCUCCCCCCCCCUCCAUCCACAGACACGACGAACUUGCAACGCAGCACCACGAUCUCCCCCACCGCCUCUUCCCUCCUCUCCCCCACAUUCCCCACGCACACAGCGCCAGCACGCCGGAACGCAUACGCUUCAAAGCCUUUCCGUACUCGGGCGUUAACGAUUACAUGAUAUUUUGCGAGACGGGCUUCCUGAGUGUCGGCGGCGGAGACGGGCAUUAUGGACUCUGGCUGGAUAAUAAUUUUGAGAAGGGGGUUAGUAGUCAUUGCUUGACAUUUGGGAAUGAGCCAUUGAGCGAGGAGGGGGAGAAGUUCGAGGUGCUGGGCGUGGAGGUGUGGAGUAUUGGGAACUCGUAG